AUGGAUCGGUUGCACGCCUUAACUGAUGAAGAACGCAUUGCUACUUUGAACCAGCGUCUUGUCGAUGGAUGCCACAUUGUCGUCCACCCGCUCUUAGAAAUUGGAACAUUCAACCCCGAUAUCGUCUCCUCUCUACCAUUGUUAGAUAGGUCCAUCAUGGGAGAUGAGCUGGCGAACCAAGCAGAAGCUAUUUUUUACGGCAAAAACACCUUUCUUGUUUGGUGGGAUGCUCUCCAGGAAUUUUUGUCCCCAAGACACGGAUUGCCGAUCGACAAGCUAGUCAGACGGGUCAUUGUUCGCUACAGCUUUCAGGAGCUAUACACGAGCAAACGGAACCUGGUCACGGAGCUACAUCAUUUAUUUCGGCUCACCCACGCCGAGUUAGUUGCCCUCGAUAUCACAGGCAGCGGAACCCCAGACGGUAGCGAUCUGGCAACGCAAAUGGUACUUCGCGAUAUAGCCUCCAUUGUUCAGCAGCUCUUUUUACACUUCGGUCCUCGUUUUGUCGUCGGGCGCUCUCUAGGCGAAUGGCCUGCCCUGUACGACAUCAAGUGGGUCAGCUUCAGGUCCUACUGGCAACCCCCAAUGCCUGCGGCUCGCGAUAGGAUGAGAGGCGGCGAGGCUAGCUUCGAGGAGACAAUGCAAUUGCAGGUGGAGAGUUGGAUACAGGCCACCGAAAGGCCUGAGUUGACGGCGCCACUCGGUGCCGUGCCGGGGGUUGACGCCUCACUGUUGGAUUGGAGCAGUGACGCGCUCACUGACUGCUUUGCGCCUGGUGUUCUAGUACCAGAGCUGGCCUAA